CUGCCGGCCUCUGCGCAGGUGCCUGGGACCAUGGGCCUUGGGCCCUGAGGACACGGGCUCCCCGUGGCCAUGACGACGGGCGAAUGCUGCCACCUCCCCGGCUCCCUGUGCGACUGCUCCGGCAGCCCCUCCUUCUCCAAGAUCGUGGAGGCCACGGGCCUCGGGCCACCCCAGUAUGUGGCGCAGGUGACUUCAAGGGACGGCCGGCUCCUCUCCACUGUCAUCCGGGCCUUGGACGCGCCGAGCGAUGGUCCCUUCUGCCGGAUCUGCCAUGAGGGAGCCAACGGGGAGAGCUUGCUGUCUCCGUGUGGCUGUACUGGCACUCUGGGCGCUGUGCACAAGAGCUGUCUAGAGAGGUGGCUCUCCUCAUCCAACACCAACUACUGCGAGCUGUGCCACACGGAGUUUGCGGUGGAGAAGUGUCCCCGGCCCCUCAUAGAGUGGCUGAGGGACCCGGGGCCGCGGACGGAGAAGCGGACACUCUGCUGCGACAUGGUGUGCUUCCUGUUCAUCACGCCUCUGGCUGCCAUCUCGGGCUGGCUGUGCCUGCGAGGGGCCCAGGACCACCUCCGGCUCCACAGCCGGCUCGAGGCCGUGGGGCUCAUCGCCCUCACCAUCGCCCUCUUCACCAUCUACGUCCUCUGGACGCUGGUCUCCUUCCGCUACCAUUGCCAGCUGUACUCCGAGUGGAGAAGGACCAACCAGAAAGUGCGCCUGAAGAUCCAGGAUGUGGAUGGCCCCGAGGGCCCCCAGCCCUCCCUGCUGGCAGCCGGACUCCUGAAGAAGGUGGCAGAGGAGACGCCUGUGUGAAGGCCAGGCUGGCAGGGCCAGCGGCAGCUGGCGAUGCCCUAGCGUUUGGAGGGACGGAAACUGCCCGACUCUUCCUGCACGGCCAGAACGCUUUUUAGGCCAAGAGACACCGAGCAGAGCCGAUUCUGUGAUCCCGUGUGAAGAUACUUUCAGACUGUUUUGCACACGGUUGUACCCAAGGAGGUGGAUGUGGUCCUGAGCUUCGGACGGAUCAGGCACCCUGAUCUCAUUCUGAGGUCCACUCGGCCCCUCCGGGGCCAGCAGCUGUGGCCAUGGGCGAGCCGAGGGUGUCCAUCGGGCCGGAAGGUUCCACAAGCUUCUUGCGCUUCUCCACACCUGGCAGGCUCGCUUUCCCGGCACCUUCUACUUCAUCAAGUUGCACCGUGUUUCAAAAACCCACCCCGAAUGAAUAAAAGGAGCCCUUGCUGGACAAAACGGACUUGUCAGUUACGUUUCUGAACCGAGGCCUCAAGUGAGGGACCUGGGACCCAAGGGCAGCCGGGGACCACAAACAGGUGAAAAAAACAACAACAGAGGCCCUCUGCUGGUUUUGAGGGAUCUGUUAUGAAACACACCGGAAGAAGCAAAGUCUGAGUUUUCAAGUGAAAAGCAGGUAGCAGGGUUAUAUAAUAAAUGGUUUAAAAUCGCUAU